AUUCCAACGUUGCGGCUGCGUGAGAAGCAGUGCGCUACGACGUCAUCGCGAUACUCGGCGGGAAAAGUCCUUUUGGGCUGUGGAACCCUCACCAUCCACGUGUCUCCCCUGAAUUCGCACCCCAAAAAAGAAAAAAAAGAAAAACACCUUAUAGGUGAGCCAAAGCUGACCUCGUAUGAAGCUGUCCUUCAGCCAGUAAGGACCUCUGCGACACGUCUCACGAGAUCCGAAGGCCGCCGCCGGUCCUCUUCCACCAUGUCCGACCAAAUGAUGCGAGGCGUCCGGGUCCAGCUGACCACAACGAUGGACUCCCUCCUGAGGACGGCCGUGUUUGAGGUCAUGAGGAUUUUCGAAAGCGCGCUGUACAACCACAAGAUGGAGAUGGCGCACAAAGGAGAAGAGAUCGCUCAGCUUAAGAUAAAGCUACAAACUGCAGAACUAAAGCUCAAAGAGUCGGAUCAGAAGAAGCAAAGCAGAGCAGAGGCGAAUAAAAGCCAAGCGGAGCCCGAAGUCGUCCCAGAUGUCCCUGAGCAGCCUUCCGCAGUUCCUGAGAUUGAUGUUGAAGUGCCUGAUGAUUGGUGCGCUCCACUGGGCUACGAUACGCCGAACAAGAAGGAAGAGGGCUUUUGUCCCAGUGUAAGGCUGAAGCAGUUCUCCAUUCGUCUCUCCCCUGUUCCACUUGUGAAGGCCGAGGUUGCCAACCGCACCAUAGACCUUCAGAGAUCUCGAGGUGUCAGGAGAUCCAAACGAAUUUCUACCACUAGUGGACCGCAGACGCAGUCGCCAGUGGAAGAGCCAGCACAAGCAUCCCGGCCCCCAAAAAUUGGCAAGGACCUCAAAAGAUUACUCCAAGGCCUCAACGAGGACUACUGCAACUUGAAGGGUCUGGACCGCCUUCGGAAUAGAAAGACGAGCCAAGUAAAUUAUGCAGCCAAAGAAGAAGACGAAGAGUCGCCCCUGCAAGAAAACGAGCCGAAAAACCACCAAGCAAGCGAACCCGACGCGACGGAACCGCAGCGAGCGAAAGUUGUCAGGAAACUUAAAUACAGCUGCAAGGAGUGCUACAAGGUGUUCGACAAAAAAAGGGGCCUGGAUCUCCACAAGCGUUACCAGAAGACAUGCAAGGGCUGCAAAAUGGCCUUCUGCUUCCUAAAUACCGCAAAGUGCCAUACGAGGAACUGUAAAAAAUACAAGGCGCUGAGGAAGACAAACAAAUGCAGCGCGAAGACGGCCAAUGAAGAAAAGGCGCGAAGUCCCAGCAAAAAGAAGAAGGUCAAGAACGGAACCGCGCAGUUUCCUGUCGGCGACGGCAAGCCCUCCAUCCAAAGGUUCACCUGCCAACACUGCGGCUUCAAGACUAAGUUCCCCAAAAAGUUUAAAAAGCACAUGCGAAGUCAUGAUGAUAAUAAUAAUGACGCUGAUAAGGAGAUUCUAACUUGCAGCGUUUGUCAAACGUGGUCCGGUCUGAAAAAGGAACUCAAGACACACAUGAAAAGUGCACACGGAGUUGGCCCGCAUCUCACCGACAAGGAGGGAGAAUCGGGACGGCCUAAGCCUUUGGAAGAUGGCGAGGAAGGCCGAGGAUUCAGCCACAGCCAGUGAAAAACGCACAACUUUGCCUAAACUCCAAAACAACAGCUCGGAUAAUCGGAUCGGAGGUGCUGGGAGGUUUUUGGCUGUGCUGUGGGUGACAAGUUUCUGUCAGCUGGGACACGUUUUCUUCCCCUCUGGAAGUUAUUUACAGCCACCAUACUGUCUUUGUAUUAUUUAUGAAUCUGAAAUAGAAAAUUUUAACGUUUUUUUAAAAAAAAAAAAAAACCCAUUACAGUUAGAAUGCUAACAUGGUGAGAGAUCAUCUUGAAUUAUACAGUUUUUCUUCUCUGAGGAAGUGUUCAUUUUUACCUUUCGUACUGGUCUUUAGUCGUUUUGCAUCACAAGUUCUCUGUGGCUAAAGUUAGACUCAUGUAUGCAGCUGUGUUGAAUCCUUAGAAGGUGAGAACAUCUGGUAAGUCUAAGUGCUUCAUCGCCCUUUAAUACUGAUCCUAGCCUAAAAUUCCCUACAUUUACGCUCAAUCCGUUUCGUUUUAUCGAAUUUUUUUAUUUUUAUUUUAAGUAACGUAAUGGUCUUAUCUCUGCAAUCAUUUGUUGUUGUAUUUGUUUGCAUGUGAUAUAAUAUUGUUACUUUUUUUUUUGUUCCUAUAACUGCGUCACUUGAGGAAUCGUUGGUUUCGAGUUAUGUCUGUUUUACCCCGUUAAUGUCAUCCGUUAAAAUGAUUACACGCCCUUAAAUAAUUGUUGAUUUUCAACUUUGUUACAUUUUUUUUUUACUCAGGGUUUUUAAAAUGUUUCUAAAUUUCUUCAUCUGUUGGAUCGCAGUUCUGUGCGUUUGAAGUUGGGGUUUGUAAUUAAAUCAACUAUCUUAAGAGGAACUACAGUUGUUGUUUUUUUUAAACACAUAUUACUGAGACGUUCUUUUAAACAUGUAAGAUGUAUGAUCUAAAAAAUAUAAUUAAAAUCUUUAGAUUGUAAAUAUAUCGUGAGAAUUUGGCAGCAAAAGUUUUUUUUUUUUUUGUUUUUUUAAUGGAAGGUUA